GAAUCAGUGAAGUAACAGGAACUGUAGAAAGAGUGAAAACCCAAAAUUAAUUGGAAGCGUCCUUGAGGCCGUCCAAAACGCCCAGAGAUUCCUUCUACAACUCUUAGCGCAUUUUUUUUUUCACAGCCAAACACGUACCUAUAUAAGUGUGAGGCAGUGCGAGUGAGAGUAUCUGCACAUCUUUCUGACACAGAUAGAAGAGAGCAAUGGCGACCCCUCCAAAGCCAUGGAAGGCGGAGUACGCGAAGUCCGGGCGAUCGUCAUGCAAGACCUGCAAGAAACCCAUCGAUAAAGAGAAUCUCAGGCUUGGCAAAAUGGUCCAAGCCACUCAAUUCGAUGGUUUCAUGCCUAUGUGGAACCAUGUCGGUUGCAUACUGAAGAAAGCAAAACAGAUAAAAUCGUGUGAUGAUGUUGAAGGUAUAGAAUCACUACGGUGGGAAGAUCAGCAAAACAUUAGAAAAUAUGUCGAGGAUGGUGGUUCCUUAAAUACAAAUGCUGCAAGUUCUAUGGAAUAUGGUAUUGAAGUUUCACAAACUUCUCGUGCUACUUGCAGAGGCUGCAACCAAAAGAUUAUGAAGGGACAGGUUCGUUUAUCUUCAAAGCCUGAAGAGCCACGAGCUAAAGGGUUGGCUUGGCAUCACCUCAAUUGUUUUGUGGAUUUGUACCCAUCUGUCCAAGUGGAGAAGUUGUCUGGAUGGGAAAGUCUCCCACCAGCUGAUCAGGCAGUAGUUCAUGCACUGGUUAAGGAGGUUCCUUCUACUGCAAAGAGUGGUGCUGUUGAGGGAAGAAAGGAUAAAGGCUUGCAACAAUCAACUCCCACAGUUGGUACAAAACGUAGAAAAGAUAGUGAUGGCAAUCAAAACUCAAAAGCUGCUAAGGCCAUUGGAGAUGUGUCAAGUAGCAGGUCUGCAUCUACAAAGAAUCAUAAUGAAUUGGAAAGCAAACUGGAGGCUCAAUCUAAAGAAUUGUGGACUUUAAAGGAUAGCCUUAAAAAGCAUGUCACAACUGCAGAGUUGCGUCAAAUGCUUGAAGCAAAUGAUCAAGAUUCUUCUGGAUCAGAACUUGAUUUGCGGGAUAAAUGUGCUGAUGGAAUGAUGUUUGGAGCACUUGGUCAUUGCCCAAUCUGUUCUGGUUUUCUCCGAUAUUCUGGAGGAACAUAUCGGUGCACUGGGUUCCUGUCAGCAUGGAGCAAAUGUUCAUACUCCACUUGUGAACCAGAGCGUCUAAAAGGGAAGUGGAAAGUCCCAGAAGACACAAAUAAUCAAUAUCUCAGCAAUUGGUUUAAAUCACAGAAGAGCAACAAACCUGUUAGGUUACUGCCUCCACCAUCAUCUGACAAUUCUUCUAGAACUCAAGCUGGCAACAGCCACUCUCCAUAUUCAAAGAGUGAAAAUUUGAGAGAUCUGAAAGUUGCUAUUGCUGGAUUACCUAAGGAGUCUAUGGAAGAAUGGAAGAGUAAAAUUGAGGGAGUAGGUGGAGAGGUUCAUGCAAAGAUAAAGAAAGAUACAAACUGCUUUAUUGUGAGUGGAGUACCAGAUCGUGAAGAUGCUGAGAUGAGGAAGGCCAGGAGAAUGAAAUUACCAAUAGUCAGGGAGGAUUACCUGGUUGAAUGUUUUAAAAAACACAAAAAGCUUCCAUUUGAUCUGUACAAAGUGGAAGCUGUAGGUGGUGCCUCUAGCAUGGUCACUGUCAAAGUGAAAGGGCGAAGUGCUGUGCAUGAAGCUUCUGGUUUGCAAGAUACAGGUCACAUUCUUGAGGAUGGGAAGAGUAUCUAUAAUACGACUCUAAACAUGUCUGAUUUAUCAACUGGUGUUAACAGCUACUAUAUCCUUCAGAUAAUCCAAGAUGACAAGGGUUCAGAUUGUUACAUGUUCCGUAAAUGGGGUCGUGUGGGAAAUGCCAAAAUUGGAGGAAUCAAACUUGAUGCAAUGUCAAAAUCCGAUGCAGUCAGUGAAUUUAAACGUUUAUUCCUUGAGAAAACUGGAAAUUCAUGGGAGGCAUGGGAACAAAAGCAGAAUUUUCAGAAGAAACCUGGCAGAUUCUUCCCAUUGGACAUUGACUAUGGAGUCAACAAACAACCUAGUUAUAAAAAUAGAAGUGGUGUGGACAGCCAACUUCCUCGUCCACUUGUGGAGUUAAUGAAGAUGCUCUUUAAUGUGGAAGCAUACAGAGCUGCAAUGAUGGAAUUUGAGAUUAAUAUGUCAGAAAUGCCGCUUGGGAAAUUAAGCAAAAAUAACAUCCAGAAGGGUUUUGAAGCGUUGACAGAAAUCCAGAAUUUAUUAAACAGUAGUGCUCAUGACCCUUCCAUUAAAGAAAGCUUGAUUGUAGAUGCCAGUAACAGAUUUUUCACUGUUAUCCCUUCUGUUCAUCCUCGUGUUAUUAGAGAUGAAGAUGAUUUUAAGUCAAAGGUGAAAAUGUUAGAAGCACUUCAGGAUAUUGAGAUAGCGUCAAGAUUGGUGGGUUUCGAUGCUGAUGACGAUGAAUCAUUUGAUGAUAAGUACAGGAAGCUUCGUUGUGAGAUAACUCCGCUUCCUCAUGAUAGUGUGGAUUACCAGUUGAUUGAGAAGUACCUUCAUACUACUCAUGCUCCUACUCAUACGGAUUGGAGUCUUGAACUGGAGGAAGUUUUUUCACUAGAAAGGAAAGGGGAAAUUGAUAAGUUUGCUCCAUACAGAAAAAAGCUCAAGAACAAAAUGCUACUCUGGCAUGGUUCUCGGUUGACAAACUUCGUGGGAAUACUUAGCCAAGGACUGAGAAUAGCGCCUCCUGAAGCUCCAGCAACUGGAUAUAUGUUUGGUAAAGGAAUUUAUUUUGCUGACCUGGUUAGUAAGAGUGCUCAGUACUGCUUUACUGAUAAGGAAAAUCCAGUGGGAUUAAUGCUUCUUAGUGAAGUUGCCUUGGGGGAGGUCUAUGAGCUGAAGAAUGCCAUGUAUAUGGAUAAACCUCCUGAAGGAAAGCAUUCCACAAAAGGACUUGGCAAGAAAGUACCUCAAGAGUCGGAAUUUGUGAAGUGGAGGAAUGAUGUCACUGUUCCUUGUGGUAAACCAGUGCCAUCAAAAGUCAAGGCCUCUGAGCUGAUGUAUAACGAGUACAUUGUCUAUAAUACAGCUCAAGUUAAGAUGCAAUUCUUGUUGAAGGUCAAGUUUCAUCACAAGAGGUGAUGAAUAGGGGAAGGGAAUGUUUUUAGCAGAGGCGAGCAGAUUUUUGUUUUGUAAGGUCUCAUUUUGGGGUUUGAUGGAGAGAGGUAUCAACUUGGGUUUUGUUUCUAUAAAUAGCAUGGGCAUGGUGGGAAGGGAAGUCUAAAUAGAAUAUUUUGAGCAGAAUAUCAGCUUUUGAUAUCUUGUGUUUAUGGCUUUAUGGGAUCUUCAUAGCCAAUGUGAGCCUCAUGGAAAUGUGAUUUAUGAAAGUUAUCCGGUUGAUUGCAAA